AUGUCGGGCUUCGGCGGCUUUGGUGGCUUCGGCUCCCAAAACAACAACACCCAAGGCUCCGGCUUUGGUGGCUUUGGCUCCUCUGCCGGCAGCAACACGGGCACAGGCUUUGGUGGCUUCGGCAGCUCCAACAACAACACCACCGGCGGCAGCAUCUUUGGUGGUGGUGGCGCCAACACUGGUGGCGGCUUCGGCAGCGGAGGUUUCGGAAGCACAAACACGACUUCGCCUUUCGGCGCGAAGCCCGCCUUUGGCGCAACAAACACGUCCACGAGCGGUAGCAUCUUCGGCGGCGGCACCGCGACCUCGGGCUCCACUGGAUUUGGCGGUGGAGGGUUCGGCAGCACUGCGAAUACUGGCUCGACUGGUUUCGGCGGCAACGCCGCUGGCGGCGGCGGUGGUCUCUUCGGUCAAAACAAGCCUGCUUUCGGGUCGGGUACGACGGGGACAGGUGGGCUUUUCGGUGGCGGCAGCGCGCCAGCUACCGGUACCCCCGCUUUCGGUGCCGGCGCUAGCACAGCCUUUGGUGGUGGUCUUGCGCAGAAUACUAACAACGGUACUGCCGGCACACCCUUCCAGGCUCACAUUGAGAAGGACGGUGCCACCAGCCAAAACGCGCAUUACCAGACCAUCACGUUCCAGCAACCUUACCAGGGCUUCUCGCUUGAGGAACUGAGACUGCAAGACUACGCGCAGGGCCGACGCUACGGCAACUCGAACGGCCAGGCAGGCGCCUUUGGCACAAGCACUGGUUUUGGCGGAUUCGGCGCCAACACCAACACAGCCAACACUGGCACAGGUUUCGGCUCGAACACGAAUACCGGCGGCGGUUUGUUCGGCGGCAACACCAACACGACGACUCCCUUUGGCGGUGGUGCUCAGAACACGGGCACGGGAUUCGGCAGCAACACUGGUGGUGGACUGUUUGGCCAGAACAAGCCCGCAACUGGACUCUUCGGAGGUUCCACGGCUACGUCUUCGCAGCCUUCUGGAGGAGGACUCUUUGGUACGGCGAACAACACGUCGACUCCCGCUUUCGGUGGCGGAGCGACGGGAGGGUUUGGAAGCAACACCAGCGGUGGUGGUUUGUUCGGAAGCAACCAGAACCAGCAAAAGCCUGCGUUUGGUGGCUUUGGUGCUAGCACGACUGGCACUGGCACUGGCACUGGUACUGGCUUUGGUGCCUCAACUACCGGCUUUGGAAGCAACACCAAUACUUCUACCGGAGGUGGUUUGUUCGGUGGCGCUAGCAACACGACUACUCCGGCCUUUGGUGCCAACAACAACACUCAGCAAAACUCGAACCCCUUCGGCGGCUUUGGUGGCCAAAACCAACAACAGAACCAAGGCAACACUACGGGAGGCAGUUUGUUCGGCGGAGGAUUUGGUGCGAACAACAAUCAACAGCAACAACCCCAGAACAAGCCUCUCUUCGGCGGCAGCACCGGUGCUACUGGCGGUGGAGGAUUGUUUGGUGGCGGUGCGAACACAAACACAAACACCGGUGGCGGUGGUCUCUUUGGCGGCGCAAACAACACGUCUAACACGGGCGGCGGUCUCUUUGGUGGUGCCAAGCCUGCGACAAACACGGGUGGCACUGGUCUGUUUGGAAACACCAACACCCAGACAAACACGGGUGGAGGUUUGUUUGGCGGCUUAGGUCAAAACAACCAAACUCAGCAAAACACCGGUGGCGGCCUCUUUGGUGGCGCUCAGCAGCAAAACAAACCUGGUGGACUAUUCGGUUCUUCAACCAACACCUCCGGCACUGGUGGUGGUCUCUUCGGAAACAUGGGCCAAAACAACACCGGCAACACCUCUGGCGGUCUCGGUGGCUCUUUGUUCGGUGGAAACCAGCAACAACCCCAACAGCAGAACCAACUGGGCGGCAGUCUCUUUGGCGGCUCCGUGAACCAGCAGAACCCCAACCAGGCUCCUGCUUUGACCGCUUCCAUGGCCGCCGGCUCCAACCCCUACGGCAAUGACCAGCUCUUUGCCAGCCUUGGUUCUCCAAACCAGAGUGCUGGACCUUUGGCGACUCCUUUGUCGAGCAGCCAGAAGAUGAAGAAGAGCGCCAUUUUGCCUCAACACCGUAUCAACCCUGCCGCGUCAUCCCGUCUGAUAACACCGCAGAAGCGCCUCAACGGCCUUGGCUUCAACUACUCCAGCUAUGGAACGCCUGGUAGCACUGCGAGCAAUGCCACUCCUGGCUUUAGCAGCAGUCUGCUUGGCGGUGGUAGCUUCUCGAAGUCUCUGUCGAAGAGUUUUUCGGCCUCGAACAUUCGCAACAGUUGGUCGACGGAAGACAGCAUUCUCUCUCCCGGCGCGUUCAAUGCCACCAAGCGCCCGGCGUACUCCAACACUGGUAGUAUGAAGAAAUUGAACAUUGAUCGGGGUCUGAACGUUCGUCCCUCUCUCUUCGGUGAAAGCGGCGAGAGCACCAGCCCCAGCUCUGCCAGGAAGAGGGUCAGCUUUGAUGCCAACACUGCCUUGAACAACGGCUCUUUGAAUGGUACCAACGGCGCUCUUGUCCCAGCCGAGCGUGAGUCGGCCACUCCUAGCGCCGAGGAGCAAGGAUAUCUGCGCUCCAAGCCUACCACGCCGCAGUCCAACGGUACCUCUGCGAACGGCCACACGCCCGAGAUGGAGCAGGUCGUCGGAAACAGCAUUUCUACUGCUCCCCAGGACGAUGCCUUUGAAGCUGCCAACGCUCAGGCUCGCAAGGCCCACAAAGACCAGAAGCCUGGCGAGUACUGGUCUGAGCCUAGCGUCGCCGAGUUGAAGAAGAUGAGCGCGCAGGAGCUCAAGUCUCUUCGGGAUUUCAAGGUCGGUCGCAAGGGUGUUGGUGAAAUCAUAUUUGAGCACCCAGUUGACCUGACGGGUGUGAAUCUUGACACUUUCUUCGACGAGCUUGUGUUGCUCAGGAUUCGCAACGCUACAGUUUACCCCUCUAAGACGCAGACGCCUCCGAUGGGUAAGGGUCUCAACGUUCCUUCUACGAUCCUCCUGGAGAACUCUUGGCCUCGUGCUCAGGCUGGCAAGCUCGAGCAGGCUGGUAGACGUUUCGAAAAGCAUGUCGAACGCCUUAAGAAGGUCGAAGGCACCGACUUCCUUGACUACAACAAGGACUUGGGUAUUUGGAAGUUCCAUGUUGAGCACUAUACCACUUAUGGCCUGGACUACGAUGAGGAGGAGGAUGAGGAGGAAGAGGAGACGACUAUGCUCCAUGCCCCUCCUGACACGCCCACCCCCAAGACCCGCACCCCGGCAGGUCUCAGCGCUCUGUCGCACCUCUCUGAGGACAUGACCGUCAGCACCAACGCGUCCGACCCAGACGACACUUUUGAGUUCAAGAGAAGCCAGCGCUCGGUUGCGCCGCGGAGGAACGUCCCCGGUGGUUUUGACGACGAGGACGCUUACUACGAGGAUGACGACAUGGUCGAAGUUCGGGACGACACCAUCAACAGCUCGCAGUCUUUUUUAGAUGAGCGCUCCGUGGGUCCCUUUGAGGAUGGUAGCGACAUGGAAGAUGUCGCGUCCUACCACAGCGGAUCCGAUUCGGAAAUGGAACAGAACAUGGCGGGUUCGUUUCCAGUUCUGGAUCAAACCACGGAGCUAUCGCACGCCAAGAACCCGGUUUCCACCGCUCCAAGCUUGCCCAAGUCUAUUCUCAAGGCUAGUCGUUCUGGAUUCGGCACUCCCACCAAGGGUGCCUUUGAUUUUGGGGGUGACUGGACUGAGCAGUUGCAACGCACGGUCAGCCCAAAGAAGCAGGACCGUCAGGCGCUCCGCGACAACCAGGGCAUUGCCUUGAAGCAGCUUGACGACAAGAACGACGCUACACCAAAGGCCUCGGACAAGUCGAAGCCUUUUUCCACCAGCAUCGACGUGAUGAACUCACUUUUCGGGCAGAGGGACAAAAGCAAAGGGGCUCGAGGUUUGAUUCCACCAUCCUUGUUUAUUGUUCGUUAUGGGUUUGGGCGUGGCGUCUGGCACCUUUUUGGACAUGUCGACAUAUUGAUUAGAGGGCCAGACGUUGCGCCCGCUCAUUGGCCUUAUGCUAAGAAGCCCAAGACUGGUGAGGAACUUGCCGCUUUGGACGACGCCGACAAGGCUUUUCACGAGUCUUUCAAGCCGACCUGGACAUUUGACGGUACUCUGACCUAUGCUACUCCGGGUAACACGCCGAGGAUGCAGGGCGACUUUCUUGCCAACCUCAAGGGUUCGGUAGUUGGUCAGCACCGGGAUAUUCGCUUUGCGAAAUUUUCCGCUCCGACCGAUAUUUGGCCGGCUGUGAUGGACGAGCAGGCGCAGGCAAAGAACACGCCAGUGUUUCUAGACCCUGCGGAAGAGGCUCCCCGGGCGAAGACGUAUGAGAUUGCCUUUAAGGACCUUGUCAAUGUCGUCGAAGUCGACACUCCAGCUGGGAAAUACGAGCAGCAAGUCUGGCAGCUUGCUAGUAUUCUGUUCGACGAUCCGGCUGAUCUUCGCCCUCAUGGCGCUCCGCGGUUUGAUAGUCUGGAUCACGUUGAGAGCCUGGUUCGCAAGGACGCCCUUUCGGAAUUUUGGAAGUCGAUCAUCCUACCUGAUGCGGAUCGUCAAGCGCGCCAAGCCAAGUCUUCCGAGGAAAAGGCCAUUGCGCACUUGUCCAGCUACAGCGUCGCUGAGGCUUGCGAGGCGCUCAUCGAAGGCAAGGAUUUCCGUCUGGCCACCCUCGUCGCGCAAAUUGGUGGCGCGCAAUCCGCUCGUCAGGACAUUGCUGCUCAACUUGAGGAAUGGCGUAACCAGGGCACCAUCUCAGAGAUGAGCGAUGCGGUGCGAGUGCUCUACACUAUUCUCUCAGGCGAGUGUUCCGUCGCUGACGGCAAGACGGGCGGCGGUGCCGAGAACAAGGCUGAAGAUAUUAGAAUCUCCACGCGCUUUGGGUUUGACUGGCGCCAAGCCUUUGGCCUGCGUCUGUGGUAUGCCUGCUCGUCGGACCGCUUCAAUGAGGAGUCGAUCGAAGAGGCCGUCAAGCGCUUCGAGGAGGAGCUCCGCGACGGGGAUGAACACGCCAAACCGGUGCCAUGGUUCAUCCGGGCUGGUGUCAAGACGGGCUGGGAGGACCCGCAGCCCAACGAGCGGGAGGACCUGCUCUGGGGUCUUCUGAAAAUCUACCGCUCCUACUGCAUUCGCGAGCCUGUUGACAUUGCUGCGAUUCUUGCGCCUGAGAACGCGACCGGCAACCCCGUCAACGCGCGUCUCAGUUGGCAGCUGCUGUGCCUUUUGCGCGCCAAGGAGGUUCUCCCACGCCUGGCCAUCACGGCAGACGACAACUACGACCCAUCGGACGCGGACAUUUGGAACGCGCGCGAAAUCACAAAGCUCUCAGACACGCUGACGUCGACGUUUGCGCUGCCCCUGCUGACGCCCGAGCACUGGCUGCACGCGCUAUGGGUGCUGAUCCACCUAACGGAAGAAACGGAGCGCACAGCCGCAAUCAAAGACCUGCUGGCCUUCAACGCGGCGCGCAUCGGCGACGACGCCGAUACCGACGCCGUCUUCGCUCACCUCACCACGGGCCUCCAAAUCAGCAGCACGUGGAUCUACGAAGCGAAGGCGCAGCACGCCCGCGCCGUCCUGCAAGAUCCAGUGCGCGAGACGCAGUUCCUCCUCCUCGCGGGCAACUACAACGCCGCGCACAGCGUGCUCUGCCGGGCCGUCGCGCCCGCCGCCGUCAUCUCCAACGCGCCGGAAGACGCGGCGGCGCUGCGUUCGCUGCUCGCGCGCUUUUCGGAAGCCGGGCCCGCGGCCCUCGACGCCGUCGAGGCUUGGGCCCAUGGCGGCGCCAUGUACGCGGACUAUCUGGCGCUGCUGGAUGCAGACGCCCAGUUCGCUGCUCCUGCCCCGGUUGAGCCGCUGCGCAGACUGGCCCGCGCGCUCGCGGCGCUGAGUCCGGACUUGAGCUCCAGGGAGCUGGUGGAGCGGGCGGCGGUGGCGGAGAUGGCGCGCGUGGUUGCGGCGAGGGUGGAGGCGGGUGAGCGGGCUCAGCGGGCCGCGAGGGGUGCUGCUAGUGGGGCAGGGGCAGAAGCGUUGGGCAUUGAGCGGGCGCAGGUGCUGCGGCUGCCGUUGGCUGAGGAGGCGGUGUUGGGUGCGGGGCGGGAGUUGGGGCUGCGGUAUUACGAGAGCGUUAUGGCGGGGGGGAGGUAG